AUGAGAUAUUUUGAUUUUGAAGAAAAACUUCAACAAACCAACCGAUCAGAAACAACUCAAGGAAAUCCAACAGAACAAAAAGCUAUUAAAGAAAAAGAAGAAAUACAAAAAAACAGUAGCAGAACAAAUUUAAUUUUAACAUUGGAAACAGUUGAAUUAAAACUUGAAGUUGGAUUAGAUUCAGUUACAAAAUCUGUUGUAGCCAUGUGUUUAUCCAAUCUAGCUGCUAAUAUUCAAAUUGGUCAUCAAAUGUAAGAAUUUUUCUAUUUCUGUACAUUUCUAUUGUACAUUUUGUUUUUAUUUAUUCAGAUGACACUUCAAUCAACAAUAAAUGUUGAAAUAGCACUAUUCAAUGAAAAUAUGCUUGCUUGGAAACCACUUAUUGAACCAACAACACUUGGCUCUACGGAUGAAUCUCUCUAUCGCCAUGGUGUAUUAUAUGUUCAAUCUUAGGGCGAGUGUGUUUGAAAGUAUCGUUGUCUUGAAGACCCACAUCAACACAGAAAAUCACACCCGACUGAUGAUGCGUAACUGUUGAUGUAUAUGUCAUAAUAAUGGCAAGAU